CAGGCAAAAUUUUGGAUCUUUACUAGUACAACACUAAAUUCACCAAAUCCUCUUUGAAAGCAUUUAUAUCACUUGUAUUAUUGUACUAAAAACUUAUUCCUCAAGAUCUGCCAGUCCCAACCCCUCUAAACAGUUAUCUUGCACUCAUACCUUUGAUCAAAUGGAGGUUCAGUUGCAAAGGAGCUAUCUUGAAUAUAGUAAAUCCUUGUUUCGUGAGGGACUCUUGGAUGCUCAGUUUGUUGAGCUGCAGAUGCUUCGAGAUGAGAGCAAUCCUGAUUUUGUGAUGGAAGUGGUCACCCUUUUCUUUGAGGAUUCUCAACGAAUUCUCAAUCAACUCUCCAAUACCUUGAAUGAUCAGAGUGUGGACUUUAAGAAGGUUGACGCUAAUGUGCACCAUCUGAAAGGUAGCAGCUCAAGUAUUGGGGCUCUGAGAGUGAGAAAUGCUUGCAUUGCCUUCCGCAGCUUCUGUGACGCCCAAAACGUUGAAGCGUGCCUUACAUGCUUGCAGCAAAUUAAGCAAGAGUACUUGCUAGUGAAGAACAAGCUGGAAGCUCUACUAAGGUUGGAGCAGCAGAUUGUGGCAGCCGGUGGAGUGGUUCCCGUGUUGAACGACUUCUCCUGAGGCGAAUGAGGCAGCUGUGUCGGUAGUGAGUUUUUUGGUUGUACCAGUUUGCUGAGGUUAAGGUUACCUACUUGUGAAAAUUGGUUGUAGUUUGGAAACUCCUCUGUUAAUAAUGCAUUAUCUGGUCAUCAAAAAAUGUUGCUGAAUCUCUUACUAUCCAAUAACUUGAAACCAUGAAUCAGUUUAUCAUACUCAGUUAUAAGUCUUGAUAUUUUUGUAA